CUGCUGCAGUCCAUGAACAGUGUGCACCCCUUUUCUUUUGUGUCUUAAAAAAGAAAAUCAUUGCUUUUGCAUGUUUUAAUGCUACAAAUCAUGAGCUUUAUUCCUUGUAUUUAAAGCAAAAACAUUCUUGAGUUUAGGUAAUCCACUCCAGUAGUUUAUUUAGUUCAGCCACCGAUGUCUCAAAAUUCCCAAAAAGAAAACCUUGAAAAAAAGACAUUACUAUUGGGUAUAAUAUAAUAUAAAAUUGCCAUUUCAAUUAUCACGAGGUAAAAAAAAUACUCUUUAAAUAUGUAGUAUAUUUUACAUAAUCCGAGCAUAGUUGAUUGGCAGAGUGAAUUAAGGGAACUUGGGAUUUUACAACAGCACAACAGGUGUUUGCUUUUGACCCGUGACCCAUCAUUAAGUUUCAGUUUUGGCCCUCCAAGGGAAAACAAUUGGGCACCCCUGGUCUAUAGGGUUACUUAUGGUGUGUUAAUGUGCUAAUAAAAUCUCCAAAACCUAAGCUUUGACAAUCAAACAUGCACAUAAUAAUAAUCUGAAUCUGACAGCUCCUCACAUUAAAACUAUUUGGCCUAUUAUAAUACAUGAGAUCAGUGCAUCAACAUCCCAACAACAGUUAUAAUACAAAUUUUAAUUUAUUUUCUCAAGAAAUUAAAUAUAAAUUGACCUCACAGAGUAUUUAAAAAGCUAAAAACAAUGAAUAAGCACUUGCAAAUUUCCUGAUAUGUUUACUGGUUCUGAAGAAUCUGGAUUCACCUCUGUGGGAGAUCACAAAGAGAAGAAGAACUCAUUGUUACAGUCAGCCUGUAGGGGGAAAUCAUCUGCAUUUAGCAGAAGGGAAAUAUCAGACUACAGUUGGGUGAUAUGUCUGAAAUCUCUAUCACAGUAUUUUAAUAAUAGAAAAUAAGUGUAUUUCCUUUAUUUAUUUUAUUGAUUUAUGUCUCAACUGAACAAAUGUAUGCAUUAUCAAAUAGAAAAUAAUGAAUAUUUCUCACUUUAAUGCAUCACAUGAGCCCAAAAUCUUCACGUGUUAAACAAAAUACUCGGCCGGCACAGUUUCAGAGUCCAAGAUCAUUUCAUCGAAUGUUUUAUUUGAAACGACCAACAGUCCUGAAACCGAAAAUAUUCUGUUUACAAUCGUAGAAGAAAAUUAAAACUACAAAUAUUUACAUUUGAGAACCAGAGGAAGUUUGAUUUCUUUUACUUAAAACAAUUGUUGUUGAUUGAUUAAUUAACUAAUCACUGCAGCUUUCUAGUGAUUAUACGUCACAUCAUCAGGAUAUGAUUCUCCUGACAAUCGUUGAGAAUGUCAACAGAGUUGAAAAUUAGCUGAAUUAUCAACCAGCUCUUAUUAAACUCCAUAAGGAUCCAACUGGCUGAGCUAAAAGCAUCAAAAGGAGUUUUGUUUGGGUUGUUUUUCUGUUGAUAAUUGAAGUUUCUCAGCAGAUAGUGAAGGACGACUCUCAUAUAAAUUCCACGUGAUAAGCAGACAGCUGGAUGCUAAAUACGACAAUGUUGAGCAACGACGCGUAUACGUCUCUAUUCGUGUCAAUAGGAAGAAAAAGUUGCUUUAUGGUUUCCUCUUUUAAACCGAAGCCUUAAUACCACCAACAUGUCGUAUGUAGCGUAACCAUACCCCCUACUCGCACAUACACACACAACUCAAUUGGGGCCUUUUCACUGAACAAAAGCAGUACACAUCCGUUUGUGCAGGCAGAGUGUGUGAGAAUAGGAAGGGUGGAAGAGGCUCUUUUGGUGGCUGCACCUGUCCUAUUUUAUGAGGCUCUAAUAAGCAGAUAACAGGAUGAAAAAAAAAAAAAAGGACGUCCACUGAGGGAGAUGCAGACGCCACCUUCUCCUUAAUUGACAGAAAUUAAUUAGAUCCUCCUUUGAGGUCACGGCUUUGUAACAGCCACCAUUUACGCCUUUGAUUAUUGUGUCAUUAAUGAGUUGUUAUAGUAUAUUUAUUAUUUAAUUUCUUCUUAAGCUCGAAGAAUCUUUGCAGACGAGCCUAAAUGAUUUCCUGGUAUGAUGAUGCAGGUUGUUUUUUUUGCUUUUUUAGAAGCCCUUUUGACCUGUCACUCAUUCCAACAAGUCGUUUUUUCUUCCUGUAUGAGUCUGAAUGGAUGCACGGACCUGUUAUAACCAGCUAUGCACAGAGAGGUCCGUGCAAUGUUGCUGCCACCCAGUCCCACACGUGCUCUCAGGUAGCUGCACGGUGUGUGUCGGUGAGUAGCAGCAGUGGUGCCUGCGCGCUGGUAGAGAAAGUCCUCCUUUGCUAUCCAUGGUGUGGUGAGUAAUUCAGCCAUAAUCCGCCUUUCUCCUCUCCCCUCUUCUUUCCCCUCUCCUCUCCCCCUCUCCUGUGGUUCCAUUCAUAUUCUAAUCACAGCUUUCCCUUCUCCAGCUCUCAGGCACUCCAUCAGAGCCCUCCCAGCCUCGGGCUUUGCACUUUUACUUCCCCCCCUUUGUGACCGUUCCCUCUUCUGAGAGGCACACCAAAAAUAAGGUUGCCACAGCGAAACAGUGAGCGAAAAAGAGGGUGACAACUCCACCAGAAAAUUCACACUGGUGCCAUUUUUAGCAUGUUCCUAUGUUCGUCCGAGCACGUGGUUUGUCGACUCUGAGAAAAAGUUAGCACAAAGAUGGUUUGAUGGUGGAAUGAGGUGAGAAACUGACCAAAUGUGGCAGCAAGUGUCUGCAGGAUGUGAAAAUUGGGAGUUAAAAUCAGAAGGAAAAGCAGGAGCGGCGGUUGUGUAGGGAUGUAUGUUUAUAUGGAGCUCUGGGGUGUAUAAAAACGUAUUAAAUGCCAUAAUGGAAGACGGGGAGGCCACAGUGUUAGGACUGCGUAGAUCUAAGCCUCUUUUUUUUUUUCGUUGGGAGGGAGCUUUUCUUAUUCAAAACAGCCCCACAAAAGACUUCCAGUGAGCCUUGCCACAUCCCCAUCUGACUUGGGGCCAUUCAUCAGCCUUCCAAGCCUAUCAAUGACAUGUCCCCAUCAGGGCUCCUAUAAAAUCAGCCCCUUUCCCAUGAAACAUCAGCAAACAUUUUGACGGGUCUGGCUUUCCCCCCGCUGGAUUUCUGGAGUCUCUACCCCCCUUUCCUCCCUUAUUCCCACCUCCCCCCUCUCCUCCGCCAACACCACCCCUCUCUGGGCGAACCUCAGAUCCUCAACAUCUCCUGUGACGGGCAGUGGUCACGGAAACAGAGAGCGAGACAAGGGGAGAGCCACUGAGGAGGGGGAAACGUGCACUAAACCAUUUUCUUGGAGGAGCCAGUGUCGUUGAUGGGAAGAGGAUGCAUUGCGGGCUGCUGGAGGAGCCUGAUAUGGAUUCCACAGAGAGCUGGAUUGAAAGAUGCCUCAACGAGAGUGAGAGCAAGCGAUAUUCCAGUCACACGUCUCUGGGGAACAUGUCCAACGACGAGCAUGAAGAAAAAGAAAACAACAGAGCCUCUAAACCACAUUCGACACCGGCUACCCUGGAAUGGCUAGAAGAGAACUAUGAGAUAGCCGAAGGUGUGUGUAUCCCCCGAAGUGCCCUCUACAUGCAUUACCUAGACUUCAGUGAAAAGCAUGACACACAGCCUGUGAACGCAGCCAGCUUUGGAAAGAUCAUAAGGCAACAGUUUCCAGCGCUGACUACCAGAAGACUGGGGACAAGAGGGCAGUCAAAGUACCACUACUACGGCAUAGCGGUGAAGGAGACCUCUCAGUAUUAUGACGUGAUGUACUCCAAGAAGGGAGCGGCAUGGGUGAACGAGACGGGGAAGAAAGAGGUUACGAAGCAGACAGUGGCGUAUUCACCGCGCUCCAAACUGGGAACGCUCCUGCCAGAGUUUCCAAAUGUCAAAGACCUAAAUUUGCCUGCCAGCCUGCCAGAAGAGAGGGUGUCAACCUUCAUCAUGAUGUACAGAACGCAUUGUCAGAGGAUACUGGACACUGUUAUUCGAGCCAACUUUGAUGAGGUCCAAAGCUUCUUGCUGCACUUCUGGCAGGGCAUGCCGCCCCACAUGCUCCCUGUCCUCGGCUCCACCACGGUGGUGAACAUAGUUGGUGUUUGUGACUCCAUCCUCUACAAGGCCAUCUCUGGGGUGCUGAUGCCCACCGUCCUGCAAGCACUGCCUGAUAGUUUGACUCAGGUUAUUCGAAAAUUUGCCAAACAGCUCGACGAGUGGCUAAAAAUAGCACUUCAUGACCUUCCUGAAAACCUGAGGAAUAUCAAAUUUGAACUGUCCAGAAGAUUUUCUCAGAUUCUAAAGCGACAAACAUCCUUAAACCAUCUAUGUCAGGCAUCACGGACUGUGAUAAACAGUGCCGACAUCACCUUUCAAAUGUUGGAGGACUGGAGGAAUGUGGACUUGAACAGCAUCACCAAGCAGACACUUUACACCAUGGAGGACUCACAAGAGGAGCACAGGCAGCUUAUUAUCCACUUGUAUCAGGAGUUUGACCGUCUAUUGGAGGAGCAGUCUCCGAUCGAGGCGUACAUCGAGUGGCUGGACUCGAUGGUGGACCGCUGUGUCGUCAAGGUGGCAGGGAAGAGGCCCGGGUGCCUGAAGAAGGUGGCCCAACAGUUCCUGCUGAUGUGGUCGUGUUUUGGGACCAGAGUCAUCCGGGAUAUGACCCUCCACAGCGCGCCCAGCUUUGCAGAGAGAGAGGAGGAAUUCACGCUGACAGAAACCACCCCCACCUCCCCGUCUCCAGGAUCCUUCUCUCCUGCUCGGUCAGUCCACUCGGUGGGCGUCUCCUCGGCCAGCUCCCCAACAGCUGCCGUGUCUCCAGAGUACACCGGAGUCACCUCCACCACAGGCGCUGUUCAGUCAUAUACCUGGUCCCUUACAUACACAGUGACAACAGCAGGCGGCUCCACUCCAGAGGCCGGACAGCAGCUGUCCUGUAUGAGGAGCAGCGCUCCAGCCCCACCUCCAUCCUCCACCCACCGGAUGCCAGUCUACACCCACAGAGAGGAGCAUGGGUAUACUGGUAGCUACAACUAUGGCAGCUACGCCAACCAGCAUCCUCACUCCAUCCAGAGCCAGUAUCCCAGUCUGGCCCAUGACCCGGCGAUCCCAGCCCCCCUCCACUACUCCGCCUACCAUCGGUCGUCUGCACAGUAUCAGCUCAACGGUCAGAUGUCUCGAAUGGAGCCUUGCUUGAUGGGGAGCACUCCCCGGUUACACCCUGCACCUGUCGGCACCCGGUGGCCAGAUGUGUCGCCAGCUAACACCUGUUACACCAGCCCACCUAUGCAUUCAUCCCGCUAUGCCACUUCUGGGGACAUGUACUCUCCCCUGGGCCCACGCAGGAACUCAGAGUACGAACACUCGCAGCAUUUCCCCGGCUUUGCCUACAUCAACGGAGAGGCCACCACAGGCUGGGCGAAAUAGCCUGUAGGCACCGCUUCAGACCGCUGUGUACAAGCUCCAGGCCUGCCAGACUGGUGGAUG